GCUUGGCUACUCAUGUUGAGGUGGAAGCUGAGAAUUUGAAUUGGUCUACUGUGUGGUCCUGAACUCAUGGUUCUACACCUGCAUUAAUACUAGUGACUGCUGUGCAGGCCCUGUUUGCAGCAAUCAACUUUCUGGCUUACGAUGAAGCUAUCAUGGCUCAACAAGACCGUAUCCAGCAAGAGAUAGCCACAACAAACCCACUGGUGUCAGAGAAGUUAGAGCUGUCUGUGCUUUACAAAGAGUACGCUGAGGAUGACCAGGUCUAUCAGUUAAAAGUCAAGGACCUGCACAAACGUUAUUGCUGUAUACGGAAGACCAGACCAGAUGGCAACUGUUUCUAUCGAGCGUUUGGUUUUGCACAUCUGGAGGCUCUCCUCGAGGACAGCAAACAGUUACAAAAAUUUAAAGCUAUCGCCUCAAAGAGCAAAGAGGACCUGGUGACCCAGGGCUUCACUGAAUUCACAAUCGAGGAUUUCCACAACACGUUUAUGGAUGUGAUUGACCUAGUAGAGAAGCAGGGUUCAUUGUCUAACCUGAUGACAGCGUUUAAUGACCAGAGCACGUCUGACUACCUGGUGGUUUACCUGAGACUCCUCACCUCAGGCUAUCUUCAGCGAGAAUCUGCUUUCUUUGAACAUUUCAUUGAGGGAGGCCGCACAGUGAAGGAAUUCUGUCAGCAGGAAGUGGAACCAAUGGCCAAGGAGAGUGACCACAUUCACAUCAUCGCAUUAGCGCAAGCUCUGAACACCUCAAUCCGGGUGGAAUAUAUGGACAGAGGCGAAGGAAACUCAACCAACCAGCAUAUCUUCCCCGAGGGCUCGGAGCCCAGAGUCUUCCUGUUGUACAGGCCAGGACAUUAUGACAUUCUCUAUAAAUAGCUUGUACAGAUCGAAACGUACACAAGAAGAUAUUGUACAGAGUUUGUGUGGGUUGUAAAUGAUGAUGGUCAUUCAGUUCCCCUUUGUUACAUGAACUGUCAUGUUAUUAAAGGGAGCCAGUCACUGAACCCUCUUUAACACUCCCCCACUUUUGUUCAUUCACCUCUGAAACAAAUCAACUGUGUGACUUCUACUGGUUCCCCCACCCCACCCCACCUCAUUCCCUCAUUCCCUCAUUCCCUCAUUCCCUCAUUCCCUCAUUCCCUCAUUCCCUCAUUCCCUCAUUCCCUCAUUCCCUCAUUCCCUCAUUCCCUCACUUCGCUCCCCCGGUUCCACCUCCCCACCCUGCUCCCAUCCUGUUGAGCCUCCAUGUUGGUCUUGCCUAUCUUCCAGUUGUCCAGUGCUGUCUCACAGUUCAUGCAGGGUGAGGCUGUGGUUCUGUGCCUCUGCCAUUUCCCCUGAGAGACUAGCUGCAGCACCCUCCCUCCCAUACUCUCACUGCUACUGGCCUGUCCUUUAUCAUGGUGACCCAAAGAGUAGAUGCUGCCUCCUGGACAGAGCACUGUGCAGAACACACUGCCCCUGGGCUGACCUGUCUGAUAGUCUGAGCUGUAACCACAACCAGCUGAGUAAGCAAACUCUGCACUGCACUGACCACAGACUGACAUUUGCAGGGGGAUUGUGUUAGUAAUUUCCACCAUGUGUCACUGUGCAUCUCUCCUGCUCUUUUCUUCUUUCUCUCUCUCUCUCUCUCUCUCUCUCUCGCAGCCUCCUUCGCCCUCCCCUCCUUGCUCUAUCCUUCUCGCCCCUCCCCCAUCCCUUUUGACCCUUGCUCUACCCCACCACUUUCUCUGUCCCUACCCCUCCCUCCCUCUCUCUCACUGUCUAUCUCCCUGCCCCCUUCUCAUCCUCACAUGUGGGGCUUGGAGAGUUGAAAGUCGGUUUAUUCUACAUGAGACAGGGAUCGGAUCUGUACAAGGUCUCAAGCUGUGGGAAAAGCUUUCAUGUUCCCAAUGCUGCUGCUCACUGCUGGAAGUUCAGGUGAAGAUGUGAAGAGCUGUGCUCCUGGAAGAGGUGCUGAAUUUUCACAUACUUGGAGCAGUCUGUACCAGACAGACACUUGGUAAUAUCACUGCAAAUAUGCUUUAGCAUUGGGGCUACCAGUGACUGCUUCCCUUCAAUAAACGUCUUGGUUCUUAA